ACCCUCCCCCGCGUUUCUCUUGGCGUGAAUUCAAAAUGACCCCUCCUUCCAUUUUAGACGCAAGCUUGCCUUGCUCCAGCAAAGUCCCGGAUCAACAAACGACAAUCAAAACAGCUUGAAGUGGAAUCACUUCUUCCAACAUCCACACACUUCCAGAGUGAUUGAUUGAAUAAAGAAGUGACACUGGAACUCAGAUCUGCGAGUAGUAGCUCCAGAAAAUGGCAACGUCAAAACAACUCCGAAUCGGCUUCGUGCCAGAGCACUUCUCAACACCUUUACACUACGCAAAGAAAUACUUCGGACUCAAUGCGGAGCUCAUCCCCUUUCCAUCUGGCACAGGACAUAUGAUCACAUCAUUGAGGAGUGGGGAGAUAGACGUCGGGAUUGGACUCACAGAAGGAUGGGUAGCAGGAUUGGGAAAAGAGGAUGUUGAGGGUGAUGGUGGAUAUAGAAUCGUAGGGACAUAUGUCGAGACACCAUUAUGCUGGGCUAUUUCAACGGGCGCAAAACGAGAAAUCAACUCAGUGGCCGACCUCAAAAAUGGCAAAAUAGGAGUAUCCCGCGUUGGCAGCGGCUCCUACGUAAUGGGCUUCGUGCUCGCCGACCAAAACAAUUGGCUUUCCCCCUCCUCGCCCAACCCCUUCGAAGUCAUCCCUCUCCAAACUUUCGAGAAACUCCGCAACGGCGUCAACGACUCCACAGCCGACUUCUUCAUGUGGGAACACUUCACUUCAAAACGAUACUACGACAACGGCGAGAUCAAACGCAUUGGCGAGAUUUAUACUCCGUGGUCGAGUUGGAAGAUCGUUGCCAGGACGGAUAUCGAGAAGGGGGAUUCGAGGCUGGAGGCACUGUUUGAGAAGUUGGAUCAGGGAGUGAAGCAUUUUGAGGAGAAAAAGGAGGAGAGUGUCAAGUAUAUCAGUACGGAGUUGGAUUAUAGUGAAGAAGAUGCGAGGGAGUGGUUGAAGACUGUGGAGUUUACGAAGAGGACGAAGGGCGUGGAUUUGGGGGUUAUAAGGAAGACGGUGGAGACUCUGAAGAAGGCGGGCGUGUUGAAUGAGAAGGGAAUGACGGCUGAGACUAUGGUUACGCACCAUCGAUGAUUUUUUUAGCGAAAUUCUAUCAGCUCUAACACGUACAUACGCUAUGACAUUCUCCGUAACGUUCCACUUUGGUGUUUACCUCCCAAUACGAAAUAGAGCCAAAGCUAACACUCGCUUAGUCUGUUUACUUGCUCAUUUUGGUGCUUCGGACUGACAUACUUACAGAUGCAACUAAGUGACAGGAGUAAGCAAAAACAGAGAUUAAGGAUAUUAUGGAAUGCCAAACCUCAGCUUUCGCCACAGUGGCGAUGAAUCAAGAAGAAAUCCAUCCCCCGACCAAAUGGUCACUCGUAAGUCAGUACUUAGAAUGAAUGAAAUUCACAAGCCGAGUCAUCAAAAAGUGUAGUUGAUUGGGAAACAAUUAUUAGCAAGACUUGAAAUUAG